AGCGCGGGGGCAGCGGCGGCAGCAGCAGCAGCUGGUACCGAGGGCAGGAUGACUCUGGAGGAGCUGCCCGGGGACCUCCGCACCGCCGGGAGGAUGGAGCAGGCGGGGGACGCGCUGGAGGAGGUGCUGAGCAAGGCGCUGAGCCAGCGGAGCCUCACCCUGGGCGUCUACGAGGCCGCUAAGCUGCUCAACGUGGACCCGGACAACGUGGUGCUGUGCCUUCUGGCGGCCGACGAGGAGGAGGAAGGGGACGCGGCCCUGCAGAUCCACUUCACCUUAAUCCAGGCCUUCUGCUGCGAGAACGACAUCAACAUCCUGCGGGUCAGCAACCCGGGGCGACUGGCCCAGCUCCUGCUGCCCGCCACCGGCCCCGACCCGCCCGCCGACCUGCACUGCGUCCUCGUCACGAACCCUCACGCCUCGCAGUGGAAGGACCCAGCGCUGAGUCAGCUGAUGGGAUUUUGCCGGGAGAGUCGCUACACGGAUCAGUGGGUGCCGGUGAUUAACCUCCCGGAGCGGUGACCCUGCUGGGCCGGACAUGAACUGAACCCAAUUGCACUGAAGUUUUGCAAUGUUUUAGCAGUUGCUCAGGAAGUAACUCCCUGCCCUGGCACGAGGAAUCCGGGGGAGGAUUUAAAAAAAAAAAAAACAAACAACAAAAACAACAACACACACACAAAAAAAAAAACCCCAACAACAAAUUUAAAAAAUAAAAACAACACCGACAAACUCCAACGAGAAAAAACAACGACACCAAAACGACAACAACAAAAAAAACCCAACCAAAAAAAACCACCACCAAGAAAAAAACACCCACCAACAAAAGCAAAACCCGUGAUGAAGUUGAACGACUCGUUGUGUGGACCUGGAGAAAAGCACCUGGGGAUGAGCCUGGAAAGCCAAGAGGGAUUUGGCAGAGGAUGGAGCCCUGCCCCACCAGGGGUGCCACACACACCAACCUCCCCUCCUCCUCCGUGGUUCUUUUUAAGUGCAACUUAAAGAGUUUCUGGUUUUGAAUACCUUAAAUACCUGAAAGAGGAAGAAAAAAAAAACAAAACACAACAAAAAAAGGUUCGUCGAAACGUUUUAGAAGCAGUUUUAAUGUAAUUUUUUGAGAUGUUGAUUCUCGAGUUUUUAUGCUAAGAUAUAUAAUAAGUUAUUUUAUGAUAUUGAUGACAAAAAAAAUUAUUUAUACUUGGAGGUUUGAGAACCAGAAUGCCCUUAAGCAGUUGGUCUGCAACCACCCAUCUUUUAACAGCUGGCUGAUAAAUCAGCCACAUUAAUAUAAUUGUUUGACAUUAGAUAGUGGUUUGUUUUUGAGGGGGUUUGGGGUUUGAUUUUUUUUUCUUUCUUUCUUUUU